UCUACAAAAACCCUAGAGAGGGAGACGGAGGAGGAGAGGAAUGAAGAAAGAGAUGAUAAGAUGAGAGCGAGAUGACAUAUAUGUAACACUGCAAUGUCUUUGUAUUAUAAUAAAACACCAUAUCUAACCUACAUUCUCUUUGUUCCUUAAAUAAAUAUUUCUUAACCAUCUGCUCAAGAAAAAAAAAAAAACGUCUUAAUCAACUUUAUUGUGACAGAGAGACAUAGAGACACAGAUUCUGCAACUUGAGGAGAACUUUCAAUUGCUCAAAGAUGGAAGUGCAGAGUUCUGAACACGGGCAUAUCAUUGAGAUUUAUGGAGAUGUGGCUGCUGGAGAGACAAGCUUGACUGGGAGUAAGGUUUGUGGGGGAGCACCAUGUGGGUUUUCAGAUGCCAAAGCCAGUUCUAAAGAUGCAAAGGAACGGUCAGCAUCCAUGAGGAAACUUUUGAUGGCAGUUGUGCUGUGUGUCAUCUUCAUGAGUGUAGAAGUUGUGGGAGGAAUUAAAGCCAACAGCCUUGCAAUUCUGACGGAUGCAGCUCAUCUAUUGUCUGAUGUUGCAGCAUUUGCAAUUUCCUUAUUCUCACUCUGGGCUUCGGGAUGGGAAGCAACUCCUCGCCAGUCAUAUGGUUUCUUCAGAAUUGAGAUACUCGGUGCCCUUGUUUCCAUCCAGAUGAUAUGGCUUCUUGCUGGGAUCCUUGUUUAUGAGGCCAUUGCUAGACUCAUUCAUGAUACUGGUGAAGUUCAGGGAUUUCUUAUGUUUGUGGUAUCUGCAUUUGGUUUAGUGGUGAACAUAGCCAUGGCUAUUCUAUUGGGUCAUGAUCAUGGUCAUGGACAUGGACAUGAUCAUGGCCAUGGCCAUGGACAUGUGCGUGUGCACGGACAUGGUGGGGAUGGACAUGUCCACAGUGAUCGUAUCCACGAGGAUCAUGAUAAGGCUCAUAACCAGGGAAUAACUGUAACUACACAUCAUCAUCAUCAUAGAGGGGGUCUGGAAUUUGGAAAUGAGCACCACCAUAGUGAUGAAACAGAUGCUACCAAACCUCUACUUUCAACAUGCUCUCAAUCAGAAAAUAAAUCUAACGGUGAAUUGAAAGAAAAGAAGCAAUGGAACAUCAACGUACAAGGAGCUUAUCUUCAUGUGCUUGGAGAUUCCAUCCAGAGUGUUGGGGUGAUGAUUGGCGGGGCAAUUAUAUGGUACAAGCCUGAGUGGAAGAUAAUUGAUUUGAUAUGCACCCUGAUAUUUUCUGUUAUUGUGCUGGGGACAACCAUAAGAAUGUUGAGGAGCAUUUUAGAGGUUCUAAUGGAGAGUACUCCUCGAGAGAUAGAUGCCACAAUGCUCGAGAAGGGUCUAUGCGAGAUGGAUGAGGUUGUUGCUGUUCACGAGUUACAUAUUUGGGCCAUUACGGUUGGGAAGAUAUUGUUGGCUUGUCAUGUUAGAAUAAAGCCUGAAGCUGAUGCUGACAUGGUACUAGACAAGGUUAUAGACUUCAUUAAGAGAGAAUAUAAUAUCAGUCAUGUGACUAUUCAGAUAGAGCGCUAGUAGAUCUGAUAGAGGUUAUUGAGCAGUGCAUUCUGUAUUUGGGAGGCGGGAUUUAGUUUUUCUUAUGAAUUCUUUUCAGAAGCUAGAGCUUGGGUAAGUUCAUAUUUUCCUUAAAUGGAACUGGUUGAUGUAAAUGGCUUUUUGGCUCAAUGUAUCCUUCUCUAUAUGCUUGCUUAUAUCCAAUAUGUUAGACA